UUCGUGGAAAACAAACAACAGUCAAUCAGGAAAAAAUAAUUCACUGAUUAUUUACCAGUGUUUACGUUUUAAAAUUAGAAAUUAUACAUAAUUUAACAAAUCUAAAAAGAAAGAUAUGGCUGGUUACAACAGCUCAAAUCCAUUUUUUACUGAAGAAGACGAGAAGGGAAAUUUUGGGUCGCGAUAUGAUUCUGGAUCCUCUCAAAAUCCUUUCCAGUCUGACGCGGAAAACAGAAGAAAUGAAGUUUUAACCCAGAUUCAUGCCUCUGAAGACAGACAAUUAGAAUCUACACGAAGAAUGUUACAGUCUAUAGAUGAAUCUGAAAGAAUUGGGGUUGCAACUGGAGAGGAACUUUUACGCCAAGGUGAACAAUUGGACAAUAUUGAAAGAAAGACAACAGAGAUGAAUCAAGAAAUGACCACUACACAAAAACAUUUAAACAAUAUUAAAAGCGUAUUUGGUGGGGUCAAGAACUGGUGGUCAGGGAGAAAAGCCAAUCAACAACAAGCUAGUAGUAACCCUGAACCACGACCAAGUAAAUUAAGAGACACAGUGGACAAUUCUAAAAAUGAAUAUGAAAGUAAAAAGCAUGUAGACACAUCUGGGUUUGGUUCAUUUGAAGAUGACGAUCUUGAUAAACAAUUUAUGUCUGGUUCAAGAAAACAGAUGAUCCACCCUGUUACAAAUAGUCAUCGAGAAAAGGAAGUAGAUGAAAAUCUGGGUUUAAUGUCAGAUGGAAUAUCUAAACUGAAAGGACUUGCUAUGGGACUUGGAGAUGAGAUUGAGAGACAGAACCAGCAAAUAGACGAUAGAAUUAAUCCUCAGAUGGACAAACUCAACUUGAAUUUAGAAAAUCAGAAUAAACAAAUGAAAACAAUUUUACGAAAGUAAAGCAUUUUAUGCUGAGAUUUAUUUGCAGACAUGUAAUGAAUGUUUUUGUGUACAUGUAUGUCCAAAAAGUAGAAAAGUCUUGCAUAGCAUUUUGCUUUUCUUGACUACCCUGCAAUAAAUAAUGAUAUAUUCAAAUGAACCUCAUACCUGAGUUCAACUUAAACACCUGAAUUAAAGAAAAUAUUUUUUAGUAUUAUUCUUGAUUAAAUCAGAGCUAUCUUAUUGCUAUCCUAUCUCCAUGGUCAAAUUAGCACAAACAUUAAUUUUUGUUGUUGUUGAUCAAAUUUGAUUGAUUAAUUGUUUGUUGGUGUUUAAUGCUAUUUUUAACUACACAGUCAAGGUCGGUAUUUAUAGGUGGAGGAAGCCAGAAUGAUUGGAGAAAACCCACUACCUUCAAAAGAGCCUGACAAUCCUAGUCAAUUGAGAUAAAAUUUGAAUAAAAGUUUUAAUAAUAUAUUUCAAAUAGAAUGCAUUAAUUAUAUUUCUUGAAUAUAAUUUCAUAUCAUGAUUUAUAGUAUGGUUUAUACUUUUUUUCUUCCAAUCUAAGUUGAAAAGGUUUUUGUGUAUUUAACCAGAUUUUGAGAAAUAUAUUCUACAAUAAAUAAGACAGAGGUCUUUAUGUAAACAGAAUUUAAAGGCAUCUAAAUAAAAUAUGAAGAAGAAAUGUAUUGCAUCAUCCUUAUUCCAUGUUUAUCAUCCAAUAUCAGCAAUCAUAUGCGUCUGAUUCAAGUGUUUGGAAAUUCACCAUUUUUCAAUGAAAACAUGGAUGUUUAUUUAUGAUAUAUUGCCAUCAUUUUGUCUGAUUCUAAUUGUCCAAAACAUUUAUAUUUCAAUUUUAUGAUGAAUUUUGAUUGAUCAUACUUAUUUUAUGUUCAAAUAUUAAGUAGGAUGCACACAAAAAAGUCAUUUUAAUAUGAAUACUUUAAUAACAAACUAAUAAUCUGCCAAUGACCACUACAGGCUUGAUAACUAUAUGUAGAAAAUUUGCUUGGACAAUCAGAAAUUCUGUUUAUUGACAUUACUGCUGUUUGUCAAAAACUGGCAUAACUGAGAAAAUAUUAUUUCAAAAAAACUUUCUAAUUUUAUGCUCUGUUCCAUGAUGUUUUAUGAAACUAGUUUUAGACCUACAUGCAUAAUGUUUGUUCUGUUCAUUUGUAAAUUUAUCAUUUUAAUUUUUCAUACAGUACAAAUGUAUAUCAAUAAUUUGUACAGUUAUACAAAUCCCUGAGUAUACAACAGUAUAUAUAUAUAUAUGUAUGAUACAAAGACCACAAAGUGUUUUAAAGAACUGUUUUGCUGGUUUGAAAUGAUCUAAUUGUACACUUUUUUAGUGUGAAUACUCAUUAAUACGUUUUAAGAUAACAUGACUAUUUCCAUGUAAAUAUGAUAUAUUUUAUUGUAAUAUUUUAGUUAUAUUCUCUAUAUACUAUUAUUUUGUUGAUAUAUUUUAAGAAUUUAAGAAAUUCCAACUUUCCUACUAUUUUGCACAAGAAAUCCUGAUAUUUAUCAAUGUAGUUUACAACAAGCUGGUCUUCACAAUCUAUAAUGUUGUUUGUUUCUGUGAAUUAUUUGCAUUUAUAAAUAUUUGAUUAUGUGCUCAUGAACCAGUAUGUCUUAUAUAUAAUGGUCUCAUAUAUGGUUAACAUGAGUAUUGAAAUCAGACUGAGGGUAACAUUAUCACAUCCUGCAAGGGGCAUUUACCAUUGGUGUGGAUUUAUGACAUACUCAAUGCUUGGAGAGUGCCAUACUCAUAGUAAAAAGAUAGCAUUAUCAUUAUUGGUUAAGAGGGGCAAAUGUGAUUUGGGUUAAUGCUUAGGCUAAACUAUGGAAGUUCAAAAUUUAUCUGCAUAUGGAUCCCAUUCUCCCCCUCCCUUCCUCAUUUUAUAUCACCCAUUACAUGUCUAUUAUCUUGACCCUUUUUUUACAUUGUACACUUUAGUCAUCUUAUUCUCACAAAGUAUCAGUAAUUGAUUUUAUCUGAGAACCUCAGUAUCCCCAGAAUUCUCUUUUAUUAAAGACAUUGGCUGAGAUGAGGGGGAUAAAAGGGCACCAAAAACUCCAAAAGAAGGAAACAGUUUUGGUCAUUGGUUCUUUAAAUGUGAUAGGGUGCGCCUACAUGACCCAGAGAAAAUUAUGUCGAUUUAGACAGCAAAAACAGUUGUUAUGACAUUGAAAUUAAAAGAAUCUCAGGUCAGGUUGGCGCAGGCACUUAAAAACUAACAAUUUGUUGUACCAAACUUCUGAAAAGUGAAUAAUAAUUACAAUAUUUGAAUGAUAACAGAAAAUUUACCCCCCUCACCUCACCACUUUGCUGAAAUAAGUGGUUUUGAAGAUCAUCCUACCAAACUUCAAGCAUUAGGGACUAUUUUAACAUAAAAAGUAGAAAAUAAGAGGGCCAAAUCAGGCCUUUUCGUACCUUUUCCUUUUAGAUAAAAUGAAUAUUUCUAUGUAAAUAUAAUAUAUUUUAUUCUUAUAUUUUUGUUAUAAUCUCCAUAAAUUAUUAUUUAGCUUAUAUAUUUUAACUUUCUUUUUAUAAAGCACAGAAAAUCCUGAAAUUUAAUGUUGCAAAAGAAAUAAUUUGUAAAUGAAAUAUUCUUUUAAAAGUCUGCAGAACUGAAUAAAUGGUUUAUCAGUGGAGUAGAUUUAUGAUUUCAUACUGGCUUAAGCAUAAAUAAAAACAAUGCUUUUAUUGUUCAUAAUUUCCAUUUUUAGACCUAACUAUAUCAAUUUUGGCAUACCAAGAAAAGAACUACACAAUAGAUUCCAGUGUACUUCGAGUGAUUUCAAUUAUUAUCAUAACAUUAAUUUAAAGAAUUUGGUUUUAUACAAUUUAUUUCACCUCAUUUGUUAGUUUGUUUGUCAUAAAGUUUAGCAAAGGAAUCAAUAUUUUAUAAGGGAUGAUUUUCAUAUUUUGGUUUAGAUAUAUAAUAAAUGAAAAAAUUAAAAGUUUAAAUAAAAUAAUAAACAUAUUGAAUGAUAAGCAUUAGAAUACAGAGAUGUUUUUGGAUAAUUUCAAAUGAGCUCAUUAACCUUGUGAAUGGACGAUGCAGACAGGCAGCCAUUUCCCCUUAAAAGCUGUAAACUAGUCUAACAAAAAGAACUGUUUUGUAAAAGAGAGGGUUUUUUUGGCAUGAAAAUUAUAUGUGUUACUCAUAAGAAAUAUACAUAAUGAGAGUAGAGUGCUCUAGAAUAAUGACUGUGGUAAUGAUUUAUUAUGUGAGAAUAAAUGAUAUGUAU